UUUGCACGUUGUGAUGUGUUCCAUAUCGGGACUUAAAAGUGAGACUGUGAUGAUUCGGGCCGGGUCGGGUGAAAAAGGGACGGAGCCUGGGUCCGUUAAAACCAGACAGCAAGCGACAAGGAGCCCGUGUGGAGAACGAAAGUUAUUCUUUCUUCCUCAAAAUCCCAGCGAGGGUCUCUCACUUCUCAGUUGUAGAGAGAGAAAGGGAGAGAGAGAGGAAUGGAGAACCCGCAGGCCCAGAAGCCAUGGAAGGUGGAGUACGCGAAGUCGUCGAGAUCGUCGUGCAAGACCUGCAAAUCCCCCAUUGAAAAGGAGACGCUCCGCCUCGGCAAGAUGGUCCAGGCCACCCAAUUCGACGGCGUCAUGCCUAUGUGGAACCAUGCUGAUUGCAUAAUGAAGAAAUCGAACCAGAUAAAAUCAACUGAUGACGUUGAAGGCCUUGAGCUCAUUCGUUGGGAAGAUCAGCAGAAAGUUAGAAGUUAUGUACAAAGUGGUGGACCCCCGGAUACAACACCAGCAACAAGCAAGUUCACUACUAAAGAAUGUGGUAUUGAAGUUUCGCCAACUUCUCGCGCUACUUGCAAGCAAUGCAGCCAAAAGAUUUUAAAAACAGAGGUCCGUAUAUCAACCAAGCCUGAAGGUCAAGGGCCUAGGAGCCUGGCAUGGAACCAUGCCAACUGCUUCAUGGUAUUAUCACCAUCCAUCGAAGUGGAGAAGUUGCCUGGAUGGGAGACCCUCCCAGUUUCUGAUCAGGAAGCUGUACGUGCCUUGGUUAAGAAGGUUCCUUCUAAUGCUGGCACAAAACGAAGAAAAGAUGCUGGUGAUGAUCAGAAGUCAAAAGUUGCUAGGUCUGAAGGAGAUGUGUCAAUGAGCAGGGAUGUGUCUGUGAGGAGUGCUUCUGAUGUGGGGGAUAAACUGGAGGCCCAAACUAAAGAGCUGUGGGCACUGAAAGAUGAUCUUAAAAAGCAUGUGACAAAUGCAGAGAUGAGAGAAAUGCUUGAAGCCAAUGAUCAAGAUUCAACAGGAUCAGAGCUUGAUUUGCGCGAGCGCUGUGCUGAUGGAAUGAUGUUUGGAGCACUUAAGAGCUGCCCACUCUGUUCUGGUUCUCUUCGAUAUUCUGGAGGCAUGUACCGGUGCCAUGGCUACCUAUCGGCCUGGAGUAAGUGUUCUUACUCCACUCAGGAACCUGAACGUCUUGAAGGGAAGUGGAAAAUCCCAGAAGAUACGGAGAAUCAAUAUCUUAAGAAGUGGUUUAAAUCACAAAAGCUUGCAAAACCUGUGCGGAUACUGCCUCCAUUGACACCUAGCAAGCCUUCUGAGAGUCCAGGCCAAUCUCAUUCGUCUAACAGUACAAGCUUGGUGGAUUUAAAAGUUGCUUUUCGCGGAUUACCUAAAGAAUCAAUGGAAGAAUGGAGUAGAAAAAUUGACGGUGUAGCUGGAGUGGUUCAUUCGAAGAUCAAGAAAGAUACUAAUUGCUUAGUUGUGAGUGGAGCAUUUGAUGAUGAUGCUGAGAUGAGAAAAGCCAGGAGGAUGAAAUUACCAAUUGUUAGGGAAGAUUAUCUGGUUGAUUGCUUUAAAAGACAGAAGAAGCUUCCAUUUGAUAUGUACAAAGUUGAAGCUGUCGGUGAAUCCUCUAGCAUGGUCACUGUCAAAGUGAAAGGCCGAAGUGCUGUUCAUGAAUCUUCUGGUCUGCAAGAUACUGGGCAUAUACUUGAGGAUGGGAAAAGCAUCUACAAUACAACUUUAAGUAUGUCUGAUCUAUCAACUGGUGUUAACAGUUACUACAUUCUCCAAAUUAUACAAGAUGAUAAGAGUUCUGACUGUUAUGUGUUCCGUAAAUGGGGACGAGUGGGGAAUGAUAAAAUUGGAGGAAACAAACUGGAAGAUAUGUCGAAAUCAGAUGCGAUCCGUGAAUUUAAACGUUUGUUCCUUGAGAAGACUGGGAAUUCGUGGGAAGCAUGGGAGCAAAAACAAAAUUUUCAGAAGCAAGCUGGAAAAUUCUUUCCAUUGGAUAUUGAUUAUGGGAUUAAUAAACAGGUUUCCAGAAAAAAUCAGAACAAUGGGGACAGCAAAUUGGCUCCUCAGUUAGCAGAAUUGAUGAAGAUGCUUUUCAAUGUUGAAACAUACAGAGCUGCCAUGAUGGAAUUUGAGAUAAAUAUGUCAGAAAUGCCGCUUGGAAAACUGAGUAAAGCCAACAUCCAAAAGGGAUUUGAGGCAUUAACAGAAAUACAGAAUCUGUUGAAUAAUAAUGGCCAUGCUCCUUCCAUAAAAGAAAGCUUGAUUAUAGAUGCAAGCAACCGUUUUUUCACUGUGAUCCCUUCCAUACAUCCACGUGUUAUCAGGGAUGAGGAUGACUUUAAGUCAAAGGUGAAAAUGUUAGAAGCUCUACAGGACAUUGAAAUUGCUUCCAGAUUAGUUGGUUUUGAUGCUGAUAGUGAUGACUCCCUUGAUGAGAAGUAUAAGAAGCUCCGGUGUGAUAUUGAUCCAAUUCCUCAUGAUAGUGAAGAUUAUCGAUUGAUUGAAAAAUACCUUCUUACUACUCAUGCUCCUACACAUACGGAUUGGAGUCUUGAACUUGAAGAAGUUUUUGCACUUGAAAGGGAAGGAGAAUUUGAUAAAUUUGCUCCCUAUCGGAAAAGGCUUAAGAACAGAAUGCUUCUUUGGCAUGGUUCUCGGUUUACAAAUUUCGUGGGUAUACUUAGCCAAGGACUAAGAAUAGCUCCUCCUGAAGCUCCAGCUACUGGUUACAUGUUCGGCAAGGGGAUUUACUUUGCUGACCUUGUCAGCAAGAGUGCACAGUAUUGCUAUACAGAUAAGAAAAAUCCUGUGGGCCUCAUGCUUCUAAGUGAAGUUGCAUUGGGGGAGGUGUAUGAGCUCAAGAAGGCUGCGUAUAUGGACAAGCCUCCUAAAGGAAAGCACUCUACAAAGGGGCUGGGCAAGAAAAUACCUCAGGAGUCGGAGUAUGUAAAAUGGAAGGACAAUGUCAUCGUGCCUUGUGGCAAACCAGUGCCAUCAAAUGUCAAGGCCUCUGAGCUCAUGUAUAACGAGUACAUCGUUUAUGAUACAGCUCAAGUUAAGAUGCAAUACCUGUUGAAGGUGAGGUUUCAUCAAAAGAGGUGAGGGAGACGUAUUGAUGUUCAGUAUUUUGGCCGCGGUGUAGAGUCAGUGGUGGUGUGUUAAGAAACUCACACGAUAUUUCUCUGUGCCGGAUUUUGGAUGAACAUAGCGAUAAGAUCUAUUUUGGGGUUUUGUGUGAGAUCUUUGAACUUUUGCUUCUGGCAUUGGAAAGAAUGUUUUUAUGAAAUAGAAUCAAGUCCCUCUUCUUCGGGCAUUUUGUUCACUCUUCUUGUAUUGAGGAUGCCAUUGUUC